AUUCAAGUUGUUGUGGUCCAUUAGCAGUUUGAAGAUGGAGAAGCUCGUUUCCUCCCGUGUCAACAAGCAAUCGGUGCCGGAAUCUUACGUAUUUCCACCGGAAAAACGUCCCGGCGAUGUGGCGGUUCGUACUUGCAACUCGAUCCCGGUCAUUGAUUUGGGUGGAAGCGAUCAGGCUGAAGUAAUCGAGCAAAUUUUGAGAGCUUGUGAAGAAUAUGGUUUCUUUCAGCUAGUUAAUCAUGGAGUCCCCGAAAAAAGCAUCAAUGACAUGAUGGGCGUCGCCAUGGAAUUUUUCGAGAUGCCAGUCGAGGAGAGAGCAAAGCUGUACUCAGAAGAUCCUAGCCAGGUUGUGAGAGUUAAGGCAAGCAUCAGAUAUGACAAUGAAGAUGUGCAUUAUUGGAGGGAAAAUCUACGACAUCCUUCCCAUCCUGUCGAGAAAUUCAUAAAUUUAUGGCCCGAAAAACCGAGUAGAUAUAGGGAUGUGGCUGCAACAUACAGUGUAGAGGUAAGAGGAGUGGCUUUGAGGAUUUUAGAGCUAAUAUGCGAAGGAUUGGGGCUUGAAAGGGACUACUUCGGCGAUGAACUUAGCAGCACGCAAGUGUUGUCGAUAAACCAUUAUCCAAAAUGUCCAGACCCAAGCUUAACUUGGGGUCUGCAACAGCAUUGUGACCCAAAUAUCAUCACCCUUCUUCUUCAAGGUGAAGUAAGUGGCCUCCAAGUCUUCAAGGAUGGGGAAUGGAUGGGUGUAGAGGCUCUUCCCAAUGCAUAUGUGGUGAAUUUAGGCCAACAGAUGCAGAUUAUCAGUAAUGGGCGAUUAAAGAGCGUCAAGCACCGCGUCGCUACCAAUUCCACUGCUGCUCGAACGACUGUCGUGGCCUUCAUCUAUCCUGAUAAGGAUAGCAUUAUAGCCCCUGCACCAACGCUGGUCGAUGUAAAAAGCUCGCCGCUCUACCGGGCCUUUCGAUUCCAAGAGUUCGUUAACACUUAUACGGAUAUAUCUGACGACAAAGAAACAACAUUGAAACAUUUUAAGCUUUAAGAUUAAAAAUAAUAUCCACUAUUUUAAAAGAAAAUAAUGCUUAUUAUUAUGUAUGCAUAAACAUUGCAAGGGUUUGUAGAAGGUAUUUUAUAUAAGCUAUUGAUCUGAAGUAACAUGGGCUUAGCAACUCUUAUUAGAA